GCGAGGAUCCAAUGAGUUAAGGCCAAACGUAGUACUAAACUUUGAGGCCACGAACACAGAACCUUAAAAACACAGGGAUAAAAACCGAUAUGAGACAGCAACAGUUCAAGGAUGUGUCCACAGUUCGAAUCCUGAUGUUGGGCGACAGAGGUGUGGGCAAGACUAGUUUGACCAAUUUGCUGGCCACUAGCGAGAUCACGCCCACUCCAUCCUCGCGAACCGUUGGCGAGAGCUCGUGGCGUGUGCAGGUGCGGAUGCAUGAGUAUCCCAAGCCGGUGAUCUGGCCGCCCACGCCCACCUGGACCACGUCCUCCUCCUCGGAGGGCUCCGAGAACUAUGCGUAUCCACAGAGUGCGCCCAUCACCACUGAUAUCCUGUACUUUGUGGAGUUCUACGACCUGAACAGUGAUUGGCGCUUGCGCCGCGAGCAACGCGAUAGCUUCUAUAAGAAUAUUGACGGCAUUGUCCUCGUGUACAAUCUGCUCGAUCUGAGCUCCCAGGACAGUCUGCACGAUUGGCUGUACGAUCCGUUGCGGCUGAUCUGCAAGCAUCGCCAUCGGCGCUCACGAUCCAUUUUGAAACGCCACCAUGUCCCAAUUCUGGUGGUGGGCACCAAGCUGGAUAAGCUGGUCCGGCGACCAUUGCGUCGAAGCGGCAGAAUUGCCCACCAGCUGGAUGCCGACGAGAUCCUCGUCAACUGCCUGGAUCCCGAUAGCUUCGCGGACAAGGGCCGUAAUCAGGGCAAACUGCGCGGCUUCCUGAACCGCGUCGUCGAGUUCAAGGAGCGAUUUCCACUGUUCAGUUUCCGCCACUUGUGACACUUGUGUGUUUUUUAGUUUCCUAAUAAUACUUUAAUAUUUUUUGAAAAAU